ACUCUUUGCUCAGUUUGUUUCUGUGACACGGCAUCGAAGGUGCUUGCUUGGCCAUCAAUUAGUCAAGUAGUAUUACCAUUGAAGCAAUGAACACCAUGAGCAACCAGUCCAGCGGAGGGCGGGGCUUGCUCAAGGGACUCUUCCUCCUCGGGUCCCUCGCAACCCUGGCUUGCGGAGAGCAGUUCCACGUUCAGCGUGCGGCGCAAUACCAAGAGCUAGAUGUGCGGAGCCCCAGAAUCGGACAUGUCUUGGCUCAAAUGGAUCGCAUCGCGUACGACGCAGACGUUACGCCUAGCGCGACCGCGCCUCUAACGGCUACAAGAACACCACUGUUGGAUACCUUCCAAGUGGCUGAACCCGUCCUGGAGCCUAUGGGUCAAGCGACUACGGUCACGUUGAUGGAGCAUCAGUUUGCAAACAGCUACGGCACACCCUUUGUUGGAGACUACUCGCCCCCAGACUUUGACUUUGAUCACGUUGUGCUCAACUUCACUGUGGAGGUCAGGGGAAGACAAUUUGAUCGCUGGGGCUCUGUGUACCUGGGCGAUGUCAACAUCUUUGCGACCUCCACCGCCGAGCCUACGUCUUACGGUAUCACUUGGACCUGGCUAAAGGACUCCACGCCGUAUCUGUCACUCUGGAAAGAGCCGCAGACUCUCAUCUUCCAACUCGACAACGUUAUCACGGACGUCUACACGGGCCUGCUCAACUCCACUCUCACGGCUACCUUCUUCAAGAGCCCAGUUCAGAGCGGAGGACAAGCGCCAGCAGACCUCAUUCUGCCAGUUUCUGCCAACAAGAGCCCAGUCACAGCCAGCUUCUGGACUUACCCCGAAGAGAAUGCCACUGCUUCUGUCCAAUUCCCUCGAAACGUGAACCGGGCUGUUUUCUCCACGUCUAUCAAGGGACAAGGAAACGAGGAGUUCUGGUGGAGCAAUGUCCCGCAGUCAGCCGUCGAUGCCUUUGAGCCGGAUGUAGGUAGUUAUCCGGGAUACUCGCCCUUCCGAGAAGUCCAAGUCCUCAUCGACGGGCAAUUGGCGGGUGUGCACUGGCCCUUCCCGGACAUCUUCACAGGCGGCGUUGCUCCACAGCUCCAUCGCCCGAUUGUGGGCAUCAACGCCUUUGAUUUGCGGGACCACGAGAUUGACAUCACACCGUGGCUGCCCCUUCUUUGCGACGGGAAGAGCCACACAAUCGGCAUCAAGGUCGUCGGGCUAGUUGAUGAUGGCAAGUCAAGCGCGAGCCUCACAAAUACCACGGGCAGCAGCUGGUACCUUGUAGGCAAGGUCUUCCUAUGGCUUGACGACGAAGGCAGUAUCACGACGGGUGUCAUCUCCAAGAAGACAAAUCCCGAACCCUCAAUUGCUUUCUCACAGACGCUCAAGCAAAAUGCAACAGGGUUCAACUCGACCCUGGACUAUUCCCUAUCAGUGCAACGCGACUUCACCAUCACCUCGUUCCUCACCACGCAGAAGGGCAAUGGCACAGCAUCAUGGAAACAGAGCCUCUCAUACUCCAACGUCGGAGGUCUGUACGCCAACGGAUACGGCGGCAUCAACACGUUCUCGACCAUUGGCGAGGAGACGUCAAAGGUUCCCGGGUGGGACUACAAGACGACGUUCUCGUACCCACUCUACUGCAACACCAGCACCUCGUAUCUCCCGGCGGGAAAUCUGACUUUAUGGGCACAGCUAGACCAAGGCCUCAAGCUUCACGUCCAGGGAAAUACCGUCUACCCGACCGGUCUCGAAGCUUUUGAGGGCGAAGGAUCGAAAUGGGUCGGCAGCGUCAUCGACACUGACAGGAACGGCAUCGCGAACUUUUCCCGAUACGCAGACAACACCGUCACUUCGGGAGCCGGGCGUACACACCAGAUUUUCCAUCUCAGGGGACUGACUAGUGACGGGACUUAUGAGACGCCUGGAACGGAGCUCUACUUCCGGGAUGUAACUGCGUACAACAACUCUGUGAUAGCCGACAAAGAAAUCAUUGCAGGCAAAGUUGCGACGGGGCGUGUGUAGAACUUGUCUUGGUUCUCAGUUUUGUUGAUACAAUGUUAAAAUUCGAAUAACUGUAGUUGUUGUUGUUGUAUUUUAACGCCGUAGCGGCAAGGGCGCAGCCGCCCUUGCCGCAGACCUCCCGAAG